AUAAUUUCGGUCUGGAGGGGCAAAAGAACAAAAGAAUACACCCAUCGUAUGAUCAGGCUUGUUGUGUUGCCGAGGAAUCCGGUAGAAGCUGAAACCAAGACAGUCACGGAGUCGCCUGAUUCAUUUUUCCUGAAACCCCUCUCCGGGUAUUUCGUAGCAUAUACGAGUACUAUCUAUAUACAUAUAGAUUGCCUCAAUGAAGUGAUCGGCGAUUUGCUUGGGACGAUGAUGUGAAAUGUCAGGGGGCGAGUACAGCGACCACAACGUUCUAUUACAGCGCCCCUUUUCAUCGGCGACCGAGAAAGAAAACGAUUUAGAGGCUCCGUCAUCGCCCAGGGCUCCGAACAAAGGCAUUGCGGAUCUGUUGAAGCGUUUGGAUCGAAGCCUUUCCGGUCGCAAAUCUCCUACUGCAAAACGGCCCAAUAGGGAUCGUUCCUCUCCCUCUUAUUCACCAUUGGGUCGCGGUUUUGACUCCACAGGCUCUCGCAACAAUGAUAUCGAAGAGGAUGAAGUCCUCGGAGAUAGUGCGCCCCCGGAAUGGGCUCUCCUGCUAGUUGGAUGUCUUCUUGGUCUCGCUACUGGGCUUUGUGUAGCCGUGUUUAACCGCGGGGUGCAUGUAAUACAUGAAUGGGCAUGGGCUGGUACCCCAAAUGAAGGUGCAGCGUGGUUGCGUUUGCAAAGACUAGCUGACACAUGGCACCGUAUACUUCUGAUACCCGUCUUAGGAGGAGUCAUCGUUGGGAUGCUGCAUGGUCUGCUGGGAAUUUUGGAUCAGAUAAAGCAGUCAUCCACUCCUUCUUCUCAGGGGCAAGGCUUUGAUUUGUUUGCUGGAAUCUUCCCGACGGUGAAGGCUAUACAGGCUGCUAUAACUCUGGGUACUGGUUGCUCUUUAGGUCCAGAAGGCCCCAGUGUGGAUAUUGGGAAAUCGUGUGCUCAUGCAUGCUCUGUGAUGAUGGAGAACAACCGUGAAAGGAGGAUCGCUCUUGUCGCAGCUGGUGCUGCUGCGGGUAUUGCUUCAGGUUUCAAUGCAGCGGUUGCUGGUUGUUUCUUUGCAAUUGAAACUGUUUUAAGGCCACUGCGAGCAGAAAACUCUCCUCCAUUUACCACUGCUAUGAUUAUAUUGGCGUCCGUGAUUUCAUCCACGGUAUCAAAUGCUGUUUUGGGAGAAAAACAGGCAUUCACUGUACCCACAUAUGAUCUGAAAUCUGCUGCUGAAUUGCCUUUGUAUCUAAUACUGGGAAUGCUAUGUGGAGUAGUAAGUGUGGCAUUCAGUUAUCUGGUCAAGUGGUUCAGUAAUGCUUUUCAGUUCAUCAGGGAAAAAUUCGGAGUACCAGAUGUUGUAUGUCCUGCUCUGGGAGGUCUAGGAGCUGGAAUUAUAGCUCUUAAGUACCCCGGAGUACUUUAUUGGGGCUUCACUAACGUUGAUGAGAUUCUUCAUACUGGGAAGACAGCCUCGGCACCUGGGAUCUGGUUGCUGUUUCAAUUGUCAGCUGCAAAAGUUGUUGCCACAGCUUUGUGCAAAGGUUCUGGUCUUGUUGGGGGUCUUUACGCACCUAGUUUAAUGAUAGGUGCCGCUGUUGGUGCAGUGUUUGGUGGCUUUUCUGGGGAGCUGAUUAAUUCUGCUAUCCCCGGGAAUUCUGCUAUUGCCCAGCCUCAAGCAUAUGCACUGGUUGGAAUGGCUGCUACACUAGCGUCAGUUUGUUCAGUCCCUUUAACUUCCGUUCUACUUUUGUUUGAGUUGACAAAAGAUUACAGAAUCUUGCUUCCUCUCAUGGGGGCUGUUGGAUUGGCAAUAUGGGUGCCUUCAGUGGCGAACCAGCCAAAGGUCAUGGAGGUCUCAGGCACAAAUAAUUUGUCACGAGAUUAUUCUAGUCUUUCACCUGAUGAAGACAAAAACACAGGGAGCAUCUGGAGGGGCAAUACUGGGGAUAGAAAUGACAUGGAACUUUCCAUUAUUGGUAAUUUGAACAAUCUUGAAACAAUUGAUGAGGAUCUAAUUCUGGAUAAUCUAAAGGUUUCUCAGGCUAUGUCUCAUGAUUAUUUGAAGCUGUCAUUGAGCCAAACAGUGAAGGAAGCUUUGGAUUUUAUGAGUGAAAAUCAACAACGUUGUGGCAUUGUAGUUGAUGAUGAAGAUUGUCUGGAAGGAGUUUUAACUUAUGGUGACAUUAAACGGAGUUUAGGAGAGAACUCUGGAGAUUUGCUGCAUACAGAUGUAAAUACAUCCCUUGUUUCAUCCAUUUGCACAAGAGGGAUAAGCUACCGAGAAAAAGAAUGUGGUCUUCUAACAUGUUAUCCAGAUACAGACCUGGCAAUUGCAAAGCAACUAAUGGUGGCUAAAGGAAUUAAACAGUUGCCAGUUAUUAAACGUAGAAGAGACAUUCAGAAAGAGAGAAAACGCAUGGUAGUUGCUAUCCUGCAAUAUGAUUCAAUCGAGGAGUCUAUCAGGAAAGAGGUCAACCGUUUCAAAAUGAUCUGUCAGCAGAUAAAAGGAGAAAGUUUUGAUCAGACGGAUGCAAAUGGCCACUAACAACAUAGGACAAUUCAAACGCAGAAAACAAACUUCAAGACUUCAUUUUUUUCCUGGCUUUGACAAUCUUUUCAUAUAGAUAAUUGGUAUACUCCCUCACCGUGCUCAUUUCCCAGGGCCUGGCUCCUUUUACUAUUACCAAACUGGGGAAGGAAUUAUAUUGUGCAUUUAUGUUUUGUUCAUACCCCUAUUGUAUUUGUAUUGCCUGUAUAUGGAAUUUAUUUUAGCAAUGGUAAAUUAAACAUAGUAAAGUGAGAUUAUUGUGCGUCUA